CCAGACUUGGAAGCUGCUCCCCGAGCUGAUGCUCUGAUGGUAUCUGCAAGCGUGUGUGCUGAUCUUAUUUCUGCCCUCUGAAUAUUAAUUCCUGAAGCUGGUAGAAAUAUAUCGCCCCAGUGACGGGACCUACUAGAGGCAGGUGGGGGGAGCCACCACCAGAUCAUAAGCAUAAUAAUAAUACAAAGGGGAGGGAUUCUUCUGAGAGGCAAGAAGCAGGGGGGGGGGAGCGAUGAGUUCGCCAAAUAUAUGGAGCACAGGAAGCUCAGUCUACUGCACUCCUGUAUUUUCACAGAAAAUGACGGUGUGGAUCCUGCUCCUGCUAACGCUCUACCCCGGCCUUACUAGCCAAAAAUCUGAUGAUGACUAUGAAGAUUAUGCUUCUAACAAAACAUGGGUCUUGACACCCAAAGUUCCUGAGGGUGAUGUCACUAUUAUCUUAAACAAUCUCCUAGAAGGAUAUGACAAUAAACUCCGACCUGAUAUAGGAGUGAAGCCAACAUUAAUUCACACAGACAUGUAUGUGAAUAGCAUCGGUCCAGUGAAUGCUAUCAAUAUGGAAUAUACAAUUGAUAUAUUUUUUGCCCAAACAUGGUAUGACAGACGUUUGAAAUUCAACAGCACCAUUAAAGUCCUCCGAUUGAAUAGCAACAUGGUGGGGAAAAUCUGGAUUCCAGACACUUUCUUCAGAAAUUCAAAAAAGGCUGAUGCACAUUGGAUAACCACCCCCAAUAGGAUGCUGAGAAUUUGGAAUGAUGGUCGAGUGCUCUACACCUUAAGGUUGACAAUUGAUGCUGAGUGCCAAUUACAGUUGCACAAUUUUCCAAUGGAUGAACACUCCUGCCCCUUGGAGUUCUCCAGUUAUGGCUAUCCACGGGAAGAAAUUGUCUACCAAUGGAAGCGUAACUCUGUUGAAGUGGGUGACACAAGAUCUUGGAGGCUUUAUCAAUUUUCAUUUGUUGGACUGAGAAAUACCACAGAUGUAGUGAAGACAACUUCUGGAGAUUAUGUGGUCAUGUGUGUCUACUUUGACCUGAGCAGAAGAAUGGGAUACUUCACCAUCCAGACCUACAUCCCCUGCACACUCAUUGUUGUUCUAUCCUGGGUGUCUUUCUGGAUCAAUAAGGAUGCUGUGCCAGCCAGAACUUCUCUAGGUAUCACAACUGUCCUGACAAUGACAACCCUCAGCACCAUCGCCCGGAAGUCACUGCCCAAGGUCUCCUAUGUCACAGCAAUGGAUCUCUUUGUAUCUGUCUGCUUCAUAUUUGUCUUCUCUGCUUUGGUGGAGUAUGGCACCCUACAUUAUUUUGUCAGCAAUCGGAAACCAAGCAAGGACAAAGACAAAAAGAAGAAAAACCCUCUUCUUCGGAUGUUUUCCUUCAAGGCCCCUACUAUUGAUAUUCGCCCAAGAUCAGCAACCAUUCAAAUGAACAAUGCCACGCACCUUCAAGAGAGAGAUGAAGAAUAUGGGUACGAGUGUCUGGACGGCAAGGACUGUGCCAGCUUUUUCUGCUGUUUUGAAGAUUGCCGAACAGGAGCUUGGAGACACGGGAGGAUACAUAUCCGUAUUGCCAAAAUGGACUCAUAUGCGCGGAUCUUCUUCCCCACGGCCUUCUGCUUGUUCAACUUGGUUUAUUGGGUCUCUUACCUCUACCUGUAAAGAGGUAGGGAUCUUAUUGUUAUAAGGGUCUUAUUUACUAAAUCUCAUGGAGAGAAGAUGUCCUUCCUAAGUCCACUUAAAUAAUCCUCUGUGCGGUUUAUAAUGAUCUGAAUUUGUUUCUUUGUUCUAACCUGGUAAAUUGUAUUAUUGUCAUACUGUUUGCACCCAACUCGCCUUUGAUAAGUGUAAUUUAAACUAUAAUGUUUCUGUGUUGCAAACCUGCAGGGCAAGUUGAAAUUAGAGCAAGAACAUUGAAACCAAACAAGAUAUUUCCAGCUACAGAACUGAAAUAGUAAAAGCAAUGAUUAUUUGCAGUGGUGGUGUCCUCAUUCCUUUCAAAAUACAGUUAGAUGCAAAAUAUCCCAAACUGUUCCCUAAGAUCAUAUGGGGUCAAACUGUAGUAAAUUGAUCCCAACAGAACAUCUCCCUCAUUUGUGACAAAUCACAACUCAUUUUAAAUAUAAGAACCUAGACAAGAAACCUAUUAUACCUCGAUCCCAAGAUAGAAAGAAAAUUUCCUUCACAUCACAUGUACAAUGAUGUAAAUAUUUCAAUAACAUAGAAUGCUUCAAGUUUAAUGCAUGCAUCUCUUUAGAGCCAAAAUAAAUGGACUGAAGUUAACAUCAUAAA